ACUAGGGUUCUUGGCUCCAAAUGGCGUGGCUGGGUCUCAUUGCCACUGGAUGGCUCCAAUCUCUCAAUGGCUCCUCCUAUCUCUUCGGAUCCUACUCCCAGGCGCUCAAACUCGCGCUCGCGCUCGAUCAAAAGAGCCUCGACACGCUUGCAUUCUUCAAUACCCUGGGAAGCUCCAGUGGAAUCGGCCCGGCGCUUCUCUACGAUCGCAUUCCUCCGCCGGCGAUCGUCGGCCUGGGAAUUGCUCACAGCAGCUGCGGCUACUUCCUCAUCUGGCUCGCGAUCAAGAAUCCCUCCCUCUUCUCCCUCUGGCACCUCUCCCUCUUCCAAUUGCUCGUCGGAUUCGCACAGACGUACAUCCAGACGGCCGCGCUCGUGAGCGGCGUGAGGAUCUUCCCCGGCGCGCGAGGGUUCGUUCUUGGCUACCUCAAGGGCCUCGUCGGAUUGAGCGCCUCGAUCUUGGUCCAGUUCUUCCUUCUCGUCUGCCAUGGCCGCGAAGAAUGCAUGCCUCUGAUGCUCGCGUGGCUGCUGCCACUCCUCUCCGCGCUCCCAAUCCUCGCCAUCUCUCGCAAAAUCCCUGCCCCUUUCCAGGCCCCAUCCUCGAUUUCUUGGAAGUCGAUGCUUCUCGCGGCGAGCUUGAUCUUCCUCGCAGCCUUCUUGCUCGCGGCCGUGAUCGUCGAGAGUGUCAUCACGCUCGACCGGAUCCAGAUCGUGCUCGUCAAUCUUGGAAUGUGUCUCAUACUCCUCUCGCCGAUCUACGUGCUAGUCAAGCCCGAUCGAAAGAACGAGGAGCACGAAUCCAAAAUCGAAGGUUUGCUGCCAAGAAUUCUAGAAUCCAGCGAAGAAUCCUCCGUGAUCCAAGAGCAAGGAUUCGCGAUCCACGGGCAGAUUGGGGGCGAAUUCACGACGCUCGAGGCGAUUGCAACGCUGGAUUUCUGGCUGCUCUUCCUCGGAGUUCUUCUCGGCACCGGCUCCACGAGCGUGGUGACCAGCAAUCUCUCGCAAUUCGGCCACUCCCUCGGCUACUCCUCGCGGACGAUCACCAUUUGCGUCUCCCUCUUCUCGAUCGGCAGCUGUGUGGGAAGACUCGGCUCGGGCAUUCUCUCGGAGCACGCUCUUAGGGUUUAUGGCACACCAAGGCCAGUGUUUUUGAUCCUCACAGCCGCGAUCCAGGUAGCAAGCUUGCUCCUGGGCAGCAUUGCCGUCCACGGCGCUCUCUUCUUCGUGGCGAUCCUCUCGGGCAUCGCGGAUGGCGCGUUCUGGUGCCUCGCCAUCGCCACCGCCUCGGAUCUCUUCGGCCUCGCGAGCUUCAGCUCCAUUCUCAACAUCAUCACCUUCGCGUGCCCGAUCGGCGCGCUCCUCCUCUCGGUGCUGCUGGUGGGAUCGAUCUACGAUGCCCAGAACGAGCAGGGAUUGCUGUGCGUGGGAUCGCGGUGCUUCGGAUCAUCGUUCCUGGCCGUGGCGAUUUGCUGCGCCAUUGCUGGUGUGGGAUUCGCGGCCCUCGCAAGGAGGAACAAGGGAUUCUACCACGGGAUCCACGCCUGUUCGUCUUCUUCCUCGCGAUUAUUUGCGAUGGAAUAUGGGCUCCGGGAUCUCAGGAACAGCCGAUGGAUCGCGCUGGCGGCCAGCUGCUGGAUCAUGGCGUUGAAUUCCUCGAUCUACACUUUCAGCGGCUACUCCCAGGCGAUGAAGAUCGCCAUGGCGCUGGAUCAAAAGACCCUGACGGCGAUCGUCACCUUCUCGGGCGUCGGCAGCGCGCUCGGGAUCAUCCCAGGACUUCUCUACGCCCUAGUCCCGCCAUGGCUGCUGCUCGCCGCCGGAGCUGCCGGCCAGAGCUUGGCGCUCCUCAUGAUCUGGCUCACCAUCACGCACCGGAUCCAUGGCGCCGCGGUGUGGCAGCUCUGUCUCUACGAGCUCCUGAUCGGGAUCUCCCAGGCGUCGGUCCAGACGCCGGUGGUGCUGGCGAGCGCCAGGAAUUUCGGCCGCGACACGGGCGCGGUGCUGGGAUUGGUCAAGGGCUACCAUGUGUUGGGCGGAUCGAUCUUCCUCCAGGCGUUCUACGCGAUUGGUGGCGGCGGUGGUAGCGGCGAUGGGCUCCCGUUGAUGCUCUCGUGGAUGAUCCCUCUCAUGCUUCCAUUGGCUCUCGCGGCAAGGCCCAUCUCUCGUACGGCGGGGUCUCCGCCAGCGUCGUACGGUGUCAUGUACGGCAUGUCUGGAUGCCUGGUGGCGCUAGCAGCGUGGCUCCUGGUCGUGAGUGUUCUUGAGGUGUUCAUGCGAUUCACUCGUGGUACACAGGUGAUUGUCUGCUCGAUCAUCGUGCUCUUGCUGCUGCUACUGGCUGUGAUCGCGUUGGUGGCGGGAUUCCAAGACAAAGAUUGGAAUGCAACUUUGCUGGAUCGUGAGGAACAGCUGAUAUCGCGAAGGGGAGUGCUAGAUCGCAAGGUAGCAGGAUCUGCGAGGGAGGCCCUGCUAGAUCACGACGAGAAGGAACCAGCUGGAAGAACAGAGGCUCUGCUAGAAACAGGGGCGACCAAAGAUCACGAGACAGGAAGAACAUCACCACCACCUAGACUUGGCGACGAUCACACGCUUGCCCAGGUCGCCACCAGCGUGGAUUUCUGGCUACUGUUCGUUGCGCUGGUGUUUGGAUUCGGCGCCGCCAAUGCAGUCUCCACCAAUCUCACCCAGCUCGCGAUCUCGCUCGGCUACUCGCAGAAGAUAGGCCCCGUUUUCGUGUCGCUCUUCUGCGUGAGUAGCUGCUUCGCGAGGAUCGCCGCCGGCCUGGCCGCGGACUACUGCCUGGAGCGAUUUGGCACCCCCAAAUCCACGUUUCUGGCGCUGGGGAUGGCCUCCAACUCGAUCGGCACGGCGCUGGCGGCGGUCCCGGUCCCUGGAGCGACGAUCUUCGCGGCGGUGCUGGGAGCGGCGAGCGAUGGACUGAACUGGGGGCUCACCGCCGCCAUAGCCUGCGAGAUGUUUGGAGAGAGGAGGCUGGGCGUGGUGUUCAACGCUCUCUUCGUGGGGAAUCCAGUCGGCCAUUAUCUUCUCUCGUCCAGGGUGGUGGGCUACUUCUAUGAUCGCGAGGCUGGCCGGGAAUUGGUGUGCCAUGGGGGUCAUUGCUUUCGAGGAGGAUUCGCGGCUCUCAGCGCCGCCAGCGCCAUUGGAGCUUGCUUGUGUUGGAUCGUCGCCGCGAGAACGAAGACGAGGAGCUGGCAGUGAAAGAGAGAAAAAUCCUUUGUAAAAAUCCCAUCGUGUAUGAACCAACGCUUGAUCGCUUGUU